AUGACAAACACCGUCAAACACUCAAUGGCACGUCUACGCGCAAAGAUGUUAGGUGCGGCAAAAAUGUUCCCAGAUUAUAAUUUCCGGCAUUAUUUUGUGCAACACGUUAAGGAUCAGUUUGUGGCGAUGGAAAAAUGGGGUGUGGAGGAGCAACGCCGGUUUCUUAGGCAAGAGGGCGCAAAGAAACUGAGCGAAAUGAGGCGUAUGGCACUUGUGAACCGUAUGUACUCCUCCCAACCCGUGUUUCUGGACGAGCGGGCGGCUUCUAAACCUUCCGUGACGCAAGAAGAAGAAGAGUAA